UACUAAAAAAACCAACAUUGAAGGUAUGUCAUGCCAUGCCAUUGUAUUACCAGUCGGUACCUACUUAUCGUCAAUUCUUUCCUUAUCAUACGAGCAUACUACAUACUACAUACUACAUACAUACUCCCAUGUAGGUAUACAUAUACAUACCACACACGCACUUUCUGGAUGCUUAUGAUACCCCUGGACCCCGCGGAGCCGCAUCGUGGCUUCUUAUUCGCUUUAGCCCUGUGGUCAUCAUGUCAUCAUGUCAUUGUUUCAUCGUUUCACCGUUUCAUACUUUCAGCGAAGGCAGCGUUUCAACAUGAACUAAAGAAGUGCCCCCUGUUAUUACCCAUUCUUAGCGCCGCCUUUCUCUUCAAGUGUUUCUUCUAUUCUCUUCAGCCCCUGCUCCCCGGUCCGUCCUAGCAUCACAGCAGAGUAGUACUCUCCUCGCACUUCAGUUCAUCUUCACCCUCACCUUUACCCUCACCUUCACCCUCACCUUCACCCUCACCUUCACCCUCACCUUCACCCUCAUAGCCUUUGCCUUCAGCUCCCUCAUCCUCACUUUUUAUCUUCUAGCUCCUUUCUCCAGCCUCAAGCAUUGUCGUGGACUUGGGGGGGCCGAGGGAGAAGGGGUGAAUUAUGUCUAUGUCAAGUCAUGGUCUAACCUCAGGUCGACCAGACCGCCUAAAUAGUCCACAGCCAAUAAUCGACGACGUUUACGAGAGUGAGCCUGACGACCAAGAUCAUCGACAGCAUCCUUCCAAAUCCCCGUCCGACCUUCUGUCCGACGUCUAUCGAGGAAUAAAAAGGGCUAUUCCUACUCGGGAAGAGUCUUUCAGGUUCACAAGGGCACCUUCGAGGCUAAAUUCGAAGGCAUCGAUUAGCAGUGCCGGAGCGCCAGAGGUCAACUCGACUCCUUUUUUACCAAGGCCACAAACACAACAACAUGCCAGAAAUUUGAGUCUCCAGAACAGCCUUGAGAAACCACUUCCGGCGCCACCACCGCCUUCGCUAUCCCCCACGACUCCCGUACCCCUUUCACUCUCAUCCAGCCAGGCACAAAAUAGCUUGAGCGUUAUAAUUGACAGUGACAUCGUCGACGAAACGGACGUAGACACUGUUCCUAAUACGAUGGAGCCCAACAAUUCCAUGUUCCCGAACCAGCUAUAUAACGGUGGAAUCGAUAUGAGCAGCAGCCAGAGUAGUAUAGCCAGUUCUUCAAGAAAUGACGGAGGAGAUGGGCAAAGGGAUAAUCUCACUCCUCGGAGCAAUGGACCACUUUCCGCUGGGCCCUCUCCACCGGUCGCGUCAACGAGUCGGACCCCAGCUGUCGGUGCUGCCGUCGGCACCCCAGCAACCUCAGCAUCAUCCGCUCACCUUUCUGGGUUGAUGUGUAAUGUCCACCGCACUACAGGUCAAGAGCCCCAUCCUCUGGUGGGAGCAACGACAACGAUACUGGGGGACAAGUUAUACGUUUUUGGCGGAAGGAUUCUCUCGCGGAGCCGGCCGGCUCCUUUAACGUCUGAUCUCUACGAGCUGGAUCUAAUCCGGAGGCAUUGGACCAAGUUAGAGACUGCCGGAGACGUCCCUCCACCACGUUACUUCCAUUCCAUGUGUGCUCUGGGGGAUACCAAAAUGGUUUGCUAUGGUGGUAUGUCGCCUACCGCUACACAGCCCGCCUCGGCAACUCCUGAUCAACAGCCCGAAGUGACAGUUAUGUCUGAUAUAUACAUAUAUGACGCCCCGACUAACAAGUGGACUUACAUACCCUCGCAAGACGCUCCACAGGGCCGGUAUGCUCACUGCGCGUGCAUUCUGCCUUCGUCUGCAACGUUCUCAUCCCACAAGGCCCCCUUAUCUGCCCUUCAGCAUAACCCCCCCAGCGGCAAUCCAAAUGAGGGCAGAAUCGGUAUCAAUAUAGAUGGUGCCGGCGGAGCCGAGAUGGUUGUGGUUGGUGGUCAAGAUGGUGCAAACCAUUACAUUGAACAGAUCAGCGUCUUUAACCUCCGCAGCCUUAAGUGGACCUCAACGCAGCCUCUAGGAAAAUCCUGUGGUGCUUAUCGUAGUGUCGUCGCGCCUUUACCGCCGAGUGUAACCGCCAAGAUUGGGAAAAUGAACUCCAGUAGCUCGCGCCAGGACAGUGUAAUUAGCCAAGAAGCCAAAGAACCGGGAUCCUCGAUGCUUAUUUACUCGAACUUCAACUUCUUGGACGUAAAACUGGAGCUCCAAGUUCGAGCCUCGGACGGCUCGCUUGCCGAGAAGCCAAUGUCUGGGACUUACUCGCCGCCGGGACUCCGAUUUCCGAACGGUGGCAUCAUCGACACUUACUUCGUUGUGAGCGGCACAUACCUGACCAGCUCGAAGCAAGAAUAUGCCUUGUGGGCUUUAGAUCUUAGGAAUCUUACCUGGUUACGCAUCGAUACUGGCGGUAGCGUAUUCAGCCAAGGUAGCUGGAACAGAGGCGUUCUAUGGAAUAGGCGGAAUAUUUUUGUUAUCCUCGGGAAUCGUAAAAGGAGCUUGGUGGACGAUUACAAUCACCGUCGCAUUAACUUUUCCAACGUUUGCAUGGUUGAACUAGAGGCUUUCGGUUUUUACGACAACCCUCGCAGAACGUCGCCUAUGUCAGGCUUUGUAUCUGCCAGCAGUCCUUACACAGUCCCUGGUCUUAGCAUAGCCAGAAAGGCUGGAUGGACAGGUGGGGGGAGAUCACAAACGCGAGCUGCCGAAGAGCUGGGCGAGAAAGCUUUAGCUCUGCGCGAGUUAGCAGACAUGGAUAUACUGUGUUUCCACGGGGAGCGCAUCCCUAUCAAUUCACGGAUUGUCGCGCGGAGAUGGGGCCCCUAUUUUGUGCAGCUACUGCGGGAGGGUGCAGCUACGCAGGACGGUAGUGAUUCGGCAACCCUGAGAACGGGCAUGUCGGGUCAGGCAGGUGCACGCAUGUCCACUGUUACAAUAACUCAGUCGAAUAGGAACACGGGUGACAGCACUCUGUCGCUGGCAACUACGUUGAAUAAUCCAUCAUCUACUGGAUCUAUCAAGCAAUCCAAUACUGCAGGUACAAAUGGAGGCCCGGCAGAUCCUGCCGCCAUCAAUUCCGCGCCAACACCUGCUUCAUUGCCGCCGACUUCUCGACCGAGAUGUCUAUAUCUUCCCCACACCUGUCCCACCGUCCAAGCUCUCCUGCACUUCCUUUACACAUCAGCCCUACCUCCCCCAUCGUCUCCUCUCUGCACGCCGCAAAUACUCUGCUCGUUACUACAGAUUGCUCGGCCCUACAAGAUAGAUGGCCUGUUAGAAGCCAUAGUGGAGCGUCUUCAUUCACGUCUCGAUUCGCGUAACGCCGCCGCCGUGUUCAACGCCACCGCCAUGGCAGCUGGCGGGGGGCGCGGGAUCGAUGGUAGCAUGAAUCCCAACUUCUAUGCGGGCAGCGAUCCAUCCUUAAUGGCGGAUUCUAACGGUUUCAUGCAUGAUCGUUCGAUGUCAGUGUCACAGUCUAGCACCGACGAGACAGGAAGUGCUCUGGAGGGCCUCCGGAUUAAUACGAGUGUUUCGGGAGCAAGGACAGAACCUGAAGAGCUCAGUGCAACAACGAGCGUGUCAGGAAGCGAGUGGGACAGUGAGGUCGGCGAUAGUGAACACGGAGCCGUCAGAGAAGUGUGGAGUGGAGAGCUCAGCAGUGUCAUCGGACUACAGAAGCGAGGCUUGAAGGGGUUAAUGGAAGGGCGACGAAUGCGAGCGACCGUCGAUCGUGAACGCGAUGGAGGGCGAACGGAAAGACAAGGGUCAAGGGUAGGAUUGGGGAUUGCGGCAUCAUAGCAAAGUCAGUUGGACCAUAUUAGAUUAGAUGAUCAGGUGAAAAUAAAAUAUUCGAAAGCAUAGAUACGGAGUCUAGAUCUGGUAGGACGAUAUAUACAUCCAUUGAAGCGUUUCAUCUAUCUACAUAGGAGCUGUUGACGUAUAAGCACAUGUACAAUAGUACUAUAUUAUAGUAGUACUAUAUACUACCCUAGGUAGUAUUACAUAAGUAUCUCAUACGGGUCCUACGGGAAGGUUUUAAGUGGGUUCUAACCAAACCUACGAAGUUCGUACUACUAGGUAGUUGCUUAACAAGCUUUACUCACUACUAG